AGGCGUAAUUUGCACAAGAUGUCUCAUGAGAAUAUCAAAGAUUUUGGUAAAUCGGUGUACGGGAAAACGCCUGGUAUAGUGUUCAGUUAUCAUGGAGACGAUGAGAACAAACAUCUAGUUCAACUACGAUCCGAUCAGGGUGAACAUAAAUCUAAAUACAAUACUGCGCGUGAAACAUCCAAUCGUGUCUCCGUAAACUUUGGAAAUAUUUCUGUUUCAAACCUAAAGCGGAGUUUGAACGAGCAACUGUUGGAAAAGAAGACGGAGGACGAAUUAAAGUGUCUUACGGAUGAAAAUCAAACAUCGCCAAUACCAAACCAUGGAAUAGUGUUUGAUAACCAAAUACUCUCUGCAGGUUCAUCGCUAUAUUCUAAAAGGAAAACCAGUGUUGUAAAGAACACUGACCAUGUUCAAACUAAAGCAAGUCGAGAAAAGGUUAAUUUGAACAAAUCUGUGACGAUAAAGAAGCCCUUGUUGGACGAACUGAGUGGAAUAUCCGUUAAGGACUUAUCUACCAGCUUAAUCAGGCUCAAAUUGAAGGAAGAAAGAGAGACAAAAAGACCCAUUAGUGAUCAGGGAGAUAUUGAAGAACAUGAGUCAUCCGAAUUUCCUCAUGAGCAUUGUUUAGCCUGUUUUCACAGGAAUUGCGAAAAAAUGAAGGAUUGUCCUGUGGUAAAAUGCAAGAACAAAUGUGAAGCUUUUUUUCAUAGAUGCAAACAGCGAGAGCAUGAUGAAAUGUGUAAAUACACUAUCAUUUCUUGUAUCAACAAAACUAUCGGAUGCAAAAUGGAAAUGCCAAGAAACAAGCUCUCGUAUCAUCUACAGCAUUGCACUAAAAUGACGAAAGCAGAAUUAAGGACUCCAAGCUUCAGUUUCCAUCGACACUCUGGUGACUAUCAGCAAACGUUUGCGAACGGAAGACCAUCUGUAAAGUAUAAUGACAUACACGAACAUUGUCUUCAUUGUCACAACAUCAGCUGUUCAGAGGAGCCAGAGUGCAUGAUCAAACGAUGUUCUAACAAAGGGUGCUCGAUGAAAUUGCAUGCAUGUAAAAUCAAAGAUCACAAACGAAUUUGUCUAUUUAAGGAAAUUCCCUGCAUCAAUAAAGAAUAUGGAUGCCAAUAUAAAAUUUCCAGAAUACUUCUUACAGAACAUUUACGUACUUGUCCAGUCAUGAAUUUUGAAGCGUUGGGUCUACCCCCAUAUAAUCUUUUGCAGAAUACCAACGAGCAAAGCCACCAUUGUGAAAACUGCUACAACAGUAACUGUACAGUUCCAGUGAACAAGAAAUGCAUUAUGAAGGAAUGUGGCUGUGGUGCUCUUCUGCAUGCUUGUAAGUGGGAAGACCAUUAUGAAAACACAUGCCCCGCACUCGUCAUGUACUGCAUAAAUUUCGACGCAGGAUGCAAGAUGAUCCUCACCCGUAGCAUGUUAACAACACAUCUUUUCCACUGUCCAGCCAUGAAUUGGGAACGUCGGAAACAGUUACCAAGCGACAGAAACUUAGACGAAUCCGAUUAUUCUCCCAUGAACAUAGUAUCAGAACCCACAGUCGAAACUGAUUCAGAUGAACAUGUUUAUGAAAAAUUGCCAAAACGCAAGAAAAAAGGCAGAAAAAACUGCAAAGUAAUGUAAGAAUUAGAAAGACAACAACAAUACUUCUGUUUCGUUUUUGGUUCAGGAAUUCAAAAUUGAUAAGUUUUCAUCAACGGUGGAACACAUAUGAAAAUAUUACAAUCAAUUUUGAACUCAUUCUGCUUCAUGUCGAAAGAAUUUAAUGUUUUCUGACUCAAACGUGCUUCAAAUAUGAAAUUCUAAUCCGUAUUAAGUGAAUCUUAAAGAAUAAGUGUAUAUACAAAUGACCUUCAUCAAGUCUGUCCUGUAAGUUUGUGCACUCAGCGAUCUAAUGCCGGAAUAUUACCAUUAGUAAAACACUGUAAUUCGAUACGCUAAUCAAAUGCGAGAGAUUAUCAUUGUAUAUCAUGCCCACCUUUAAUGUUCACUUCGUUAUAUCGCUUUUGGGUGAUCUGAUCAUCAUUUGCCAAAUGGACUUCAGCGUAACGUUGCGUUUCAUCACCUCAUUUAUUGUUAGUAGAUAACAUAUAUAUAAUCAUAUGCUUUUUGAAGGGACUUUCUGAUUACAUAAUAUUUGUGUGAUGUUGAGUUUAAUUUUAGCAUUGUCUCUGGUCAUCACUGACCAUCAUAUCAUUACAAAGUUUCGUCAUUUACGGAGUACUAUUCAAUAAACGACAUUUUCUAUCAAA